UUUUUUUUGGGAUAGAAUUGCUCCUCUAUUUGAUUGAACGUUUCAGUUACUCAAAAUAAAAAUCUCUCUUUCUCUUUCUCUUUCUCUUCUUUUCUUUUUCCGCUAGCUAUUAUUGUCUUCUAGCUCUGUACUACUACUACUACGUGUGUUUAGGCCAACCCCUUGAUUUUGCCAACUGGGUUUUUGGUUGGUAUUGUUUUCUAUACAUUUAGGCAAUUAAAGUAAGCUUUAGUCUUUGAAAACUCUUUCACUGCAUUCAUUAACUGGUUAAGAGUUUUUCUCUAGUAAAGUUUGAAGCUUUUUGCCAUUAUUGAGGGGCCAUAUGGCUUCAGUCACAGGCUUCAGGUUACCACAUUUUUUGGAGUUGAACUCACAGAGUAGUAGACCUUUGUAUCGAUUUCGAGUCCAUAAUUCAGCUGGUACUGGUAGGGAUCCAGCUGUGUUGUCUUCUGAUCUGACUGUGGUUAAUGGGGACUCUAACUCUGGAGUUAGGAAAAGAGAGCUUCAAAUUAAUCAUGGGAAUGGAAGGUUAAAGCCUGAAGUUGAGGAUAAGAAAAAGAAUAAUAAGCUUGUGAAGGAUGAUGUUGAAGAAAGUUUGGAACCGUCUUGGGAUGAUGGUUAUGGGACUGAGACUGUGAAAGACUACUUUGAUGCUGUAGAGGAUAUGAUUAAGCCUGAUGGUGGUCCACCACGGUGGUUUAGUCCCAUUUCAUGUGGGCGCCCUUUAAAAGAUGCCCCAAUUCUUCUGUUUUUGCCUGGAAUGGAUGGUACUGGGAUGGGACUCACCUUGCAUCACAAAGCUCUUGGAAAGUUUUUUGAAGUUCGGUGUCUUCAUAUUCCUGUUUAUGAUCGAACACCAUUUGAAGAACUGGUGAAAUUCGUUGAAGAAACUGUGAGGCUUGAGCAUGCUUCCUCUCCAAAGAAACCCAUUUACUUGGUUGGAGAUUCAUUUGGGGGAUGCUUAUCUCUUGCUGUUGCUUCUAGAAAUCGUUCCAUCGAUCUAGUACUAAUACUAGUCAAUCCAGCCACGUCAUUCGGUCGGUCUCAGCUACAGCCCUUCUUCCCCAUUUUGGAGGCAAUGCCUGAUGCAUUACAUCCUACGGUUCCCUACCUUCUUGGCUACAUUAUGGGUGAUCCAACAAAGAUGGCAAUGGUUAAUGUUGAAACUAAGCUUCCUCCUAUCCAGAGAUAUGAGAAAAUGUCUCAAAAUCUCACUGCUUUGCUACCAUACCUUGGUUCUUUAGCUGAUAUCAUACCACGGGAUACUCUUCUAUGGAAGUUGAAGUUGCUUAAAUCAGCUGCUGCUUAUGCUAAUUCUCGUCUUCAUGCUGUUAAAGCUGAAGUGCUGAUCCUUGCCAGUGGUAAAGAUAACAUGGUCCCUAGCAAAGAAGAAGCAGAAAGAUUAAAGAAAUCGCUACUGAAUUGUACAGUUCGACAUUUCAAGGAAAAUGGACAUACCUUUUUGUUGGAAGAUGGCAUUAGUUUGAUGACGAUUAUAAAAGGCACUAGCAAAUACCGUCGUUCAUGGAGGCACAAUUUUGUCUCAGAUUUUCUUCCUCCUAGUAGAACAGAAAUCGACUAUGCAUUUGAACAAGUAGUAGGAUUACUUCGCAUUGGUACAAGUUCCUUAGCUUACUCUACUCUAGAAGAUGGGAAGAUAGUGAAAGGUCUUGCUGGGGUUCCAAGUGAAGGUCCAGUAUUGUUAGUAGGGUAUCACAACUUAAUGGGACUUGAACUAUAUCCAUUAGUUGAGGAGUUUUUGCGCGAAAAAAAUGUUGUAAUUCGAGGUGUAGCACAUCCUCAACUGUUUGUGGCUGAUUCAGGAAGUUCAUCACCCGAGUUUUCUAUGAAUGACUGGUUCAGAGUUUUUGGUUCUGUACCAGUCACACCAAGUAAUUUAUUCAGAUUGCUUUCCUCAAAGUCCCAUGUCCUUCUUUAUCCUGGUGGUGCACGUGAGGCUCUACAUUGCAAGGGUGAAGCGUAUAAGCUGUUUUGGCCUACUCAACCAGAAUUUGUGAGAAUGGCAGCUCGUUUCGGGGCAACAAUUGUGCCAUUUGGAGCAGUGGGAGAAGAUGAUCUAGUAGAAUUGGUACUUGAUUACAAUGACUUGCAAAAGAUUCCUGUGCUAAAUGACUACAUUAGAGAAUUGAAUCGCAAUGCAGUGAAAGUGAGGGAUGGAUCAGAUGAAGAAAUUAACAGGGAGGAUCUCUUUAUUCCAGGGCUGUUGCCCAAGAUACCGGGGCGAUAUUACUAUUUGUUUGGAAAGCCUAUAUAUACAAGGGGAAGGGAAGAGAGCUUGAAAAACAGAGAAAAUGCUAAUGAAAUGUACUUGCAGAUAAAGUCUGAAGUUGAAAAUUGUCUAGCAUAUUUACUCGAGAAGCGAGAGAAUGAUCCUUAUAGGAAUGUCAUUGAUAGAACAAUUUAUAAAGCAGUUUAUGGUUCUUCCAAAGAUGUUCCAGGAUUUGAUCCUUGAAAACACCAGGCAAGGCUAGUGUUUUUGUUUCAUUGAUAUAAUAGUAAACCAUUUUUUGAACCCUCCUCUGUAGAAGUUGGGUGUAUAUUAGUAGGAUAAAUAUCUUGUAAGACAAGAAAAAGAAGAGAAUAUAUAUCUUCUGAUAUUUGUAUACAAGUACUCUUAUUUUAUCAGAAAAAUAAAUAUACUAUACUGGCACUGUGUAAAGUUGCUUUUAAA